AAGUGCUUGCUGCAAACUGGUUGAAGCUAAAGCUGGAACAUUUGCACCAUUCCUCACUACACACUGUUGCUCUCAAUAAAUUGCUGCAUUUAUGAAGAAUUCUUGACGCUUUGCUGCCUGUUAUUCUCCUGCUUUCCAAACUUCUAUGUUGUUUAACUGCAUCCACUCUUCAGCAGCGUUGGACUGACACCAAUUAAGCUUGAUUAAGCAACACACCUGUCUUUGGGGGGUGGGGGCGCGCGCCUCCCCUUUGAGCCUAUAAAAUUGGGGCAAAGACACCAUUUACAUCCAUUUGAUGGAAGAAUUGGGAAAAGCCUACAGACUUGUUUCAUCUCAGAGGCAAACAAUUUGUUUGCGCAGUAAAUCUGCCUUAAGCAAUGGGAAAAGAGAAGACUCACGUUAAUGUGGUGAUUAUUGGUCAUGUUGACAGUGGCAAGUCAACCACCACCGGACACCUCGUUUACAAAUGUGGUGGCAUUGAUCAGAGAAGACUGGAGAAGUUUGAGAAAGCGGCUGCACAGAUGGGAAAGAGUUCCUUCAAAUUUGCCUGGGUGUUGGACAAGCUGAAAGCUGAGCGGGAGCGUGGAAUCACCAUUGAUAUUUCACUGCUAAAAUUUAACACACAAAAGUACACUAUGACAAUAAUUGAUGCUCCUGGCCAUCGUGACUUCAUCAAAAACAUGAUAACUGGGACAUCACAGGCUGAUGUUGCCCUCUUGGUGGUCUCUGCAGCUAAGGGAGAGUAUGAGGCUGGUGUAUCAAGAAGUGGUCAGACCAGAGAGCACGCCUUGCUGGCUUACACGCUGGGUGUCAAGCAAAUCAUAGUCUGUGUGAACAAAAUGGAUCUGAGUGAGCCACCUUACAGCCAGAAGCGUUUUGACGAAGUGGUGCGAGGUGUGAGCGGCUUCCUGAAGAAGAUUGGUUAUGACCCCACGACUGUGCCUUUUGUUCCAAUUUCUGGCUGGACCGGGGAGAACAUGAUAACUGCAACCCAGAAGAUGCCUUGGUUCCAAGGCUGGAAAGUCAGACGAAGGGAAGGGAAUUCAAGUGGAAGAACUCUACUUGAAGUUCUGGACUCAAUUCACCCACCUGUGCGGACCAUCAACAAGCCGUUACGAUUGCCUCUGCAAGAUGUCUACAAAAUUGGAGGAGUUGGGACUGUACCAGUGGGCAAGAUCGAAAGUGGCGUCCUCAAACCUGGUAUGACUCUGAUGUUCUCCCCUGCCAAGCUCACUGCUGAGGUCAAGUCUAUUGAGAUGCACCACCAGGGGCUGCAGGCAGCUCUUCCAGGGCACAAUGUUGGCUUCAACAUUAAGAAUGUGGCUGUUAAGAACCUGCGGCGUGGGGACGUGGCUGGCAAUGCCCAACAGGAUCCUCCAUCAGAUGUCAGCAGCUUUGAAGCUCAGGUGAUUAUCCUGAACCAUCCAGGGAAGGUCAAAGCCGGCUACUCUCCUGUCCUGGACUGCCACACAGCCCAUGUCACCUGUCGCUUUGCUGAGCUAAAGGAGAAGCUGGAUCGUCGCACAGGCAAGAAGCUGGAGGACCAGCCACAGAUCCUGAUGUCUGGAGAUGCUGCCACAGUAAAGCUGGUUCCCAUCAAGCCCAUGUGUGUCGAGAGCUUCUUCACAUACCCUCCCUUAGGUCGCUUUGCAGCCAGAGACCUGAAGCAGACUGUUGCUGUAGGUGUCAUCAAGUCGGUGGACAAGGACCACGGGUCAAAACCAACUAAAGCCCAAGUGUUUAAAUAACUUUGUUUUUGGUAUUACUGGUUUUUGUGAACAAUUAUAUUUAGUAAGAUUGAAUCUUUGUGUUUUGACACAAAGUCUUUAUUUUGUGUUUGAAAUGUAUAGUAUUCCUGUGUUGAUAUUUAAUCCAAAAGAAGCUGUAGAGUUGGAUGGUGUUUUGGUUAAAAUGUGAAAUCUGAAUUGAGAUGACAAAAUAAAGAAUUGUUU